ACUACUCCUCGCAGACCGUGUGUGUGUGUGUGUGUGUGUGUGUACCGGACCAAACGACAGACAGACAUGGCAGAAGUCGCACCAGCACCCGCCGCCGCCGCACCGGCCAAGGCACCCAAGAACAAGGCAGCAGCCAAGGCCAAGAAAGCGGGACCCAGCGUAGGCGAGCUCAUCGUCAAGGCUGUGACCGCUUCCAAGGAGAGGAGCGGCGUGUCCCUGGCCGCGCUCAAGAAGACGCUGGCGGCAGGCGGCUACGACGUGGAGAAGAACAACUCCCGCGUCAAGAUCGCAGUCAAGAGCCUCGUCACCAAGGGCACCCUGGUCCAGACCAAGGGCACCGGUGCAUCCGGCUCCUUCAAGCUCAACAAGAAAGCCGUCGAGGCGAAGAAGCCCGCCAAGAAAGCCACAGUCCCCAAAGUAAAGAAGGUGGCCGCCAAGAAGCCAGCCGCGGCUAAGAAGCCCAAGAAGGUAGCAGCCAAGAAGGCCGUCACUGCAAAGAAGUCCCCCAAGAAGGCCAAGAAGCCCGCUACACCCAAAAAGGCCGCCAAGAGCCCCAAGAAGGCCAAGAAGCCCGCUACACCCAAAAAGGCAGCCAAGAGCCCCAAGAAGGCUACAAAGGCAGCCAAGCCCAAGGCAGCCAAGGCCAAGAAGGCAGCCCCCAAGAAGAAGUAA